GAACAACAUGCAUGGUUGGACAGUAAAAAUUGUCAAAUCUAAAGCCCCAUGAUCUAUUAAAUACAUAUUACUGAACCUCUGUGUUCCACGUACACAUGUUUUACUGUACAUGUAUUUUCUUUCAGAGUGUGGACAAUACAGCCUACCCCAGUAACCCUUGCCACAAUUAUAUCAAAAUCUGGCCUGUUGUCUCUCGAGUGGGCUACAAGUAUGGAUAGAAUGCUUUUACUUGGGAACAAGGCAGGAAAUAUACGUCUGUUUGAUAUUAAAGAAAAGAAAACUAUACAAGAGGUUGCAUCUGACCCAGCAUUCCCCAGGGUGGUAUCACUCGCAUGUAAUCAAAGUGGAUCAGUGUUUGUGUGUAGCUCAAACAGCAAGUUAAGGGUGCCAUCAGGGGGUAACAUUGACCCCCUCCCCCGCUCAGGGAGACUUGACUUGUGGGACAUGAAAACAAUGAAAUUGGAGACCCACCUCCCCAUUGGUGAUCAGGACACAGCCAUCAAUUGUACAGUGUUCAACCACAAUGGUCACCUACUCUUAACUGGUGGGGCAGAUGGAAAAAUCAGGCUCUUUGAUGUAACAAAGUGUGAAUGUAUUGCUGAUUGGGAGGCACAUGAAGGAGAGGUUUACUCUGUGCAGUUUAGUUCUGAUGAAAACUCAUGUUAUAGCAUGGGAAAUGAUGGGAAGUUCAUUGAAUGGAGCAUGAACAUAACAGGAAGAAAAGUAGAGGAGCUGAAUAUUCAUCCUGGAGCAACUGGCCCAUUUGAGUUGCCAGCUUAUGGAGGCUAUAAACAGGUGCAGACUCCAAAGGGGAAACUGUUUGCAUUUGACUCUGAAGGUCAAUAUGUGCUAACCUGUCAGCAGAAUGGAGGCUUGAUCUAUAAGAUGGAAGGGAAGCAGCUAAGUCGUAGUCUAUCCCUCGGAGGUCACAAAGCUCCAGUUGUCUGUGUAGACUGGGCUUCUGCUAUAGACUGUAGGACCUGCCUUACUGGUUCUAUGGAUGGCAAAGUGAGGGCAUCAACUCUGCUAAGACAAUAGCACUAUGCAGUUGAACAAUAAUACUGACAAGUUCAACAAUAGCACUCUCUUGAAUUGAUUGACAAUAACGCCUGUCUAGUUGGUCAAUAGCACUGUUUAGUUUGACAGUUGCACUCUGUCCUUAGCAGGAACAUUCUGUAGUACUCGAGCAAAUACUUGGCCAAAAUACAGUACUUGAACUAGAAAAGUUCUAUAAAGCACUUCCAGCAGGUUUAGGUUAAAAGGUACUCCUUCUGUGCUUUCUCCAACUGGCGAAACACAAAAUAAUAUUGCAAUAAUGUAGAAUUGUGAGCAUCAUUGUGUCACUGAAUGAACUGUGCUGAAGGCAAUGUAAUUUACACAAGGCAAGUAUAUCAAAUGUACUGUAGUUAAAACUGUAUAAUAUUGCAAAUCUAGAGCUAGAAAUUAUUUUAUUAAUAUUUAAUGUUUACCAAUAAAUCCAAUGGUAACAACUACUGUACUUUGUACCAUAUUCAUUGUCUUUUAUAAAAGCUUAAACUACACUUAGUUAGCAACACAAUAGAAUGAACUGUGUUUUAUUUUUAAGAAUACCCAGCUAUAACAAAGAGGAGUGCAUUAUUUUUCUACUGUUUUUAAGAAUGUACACUUGGCAUUAGCUAUCCAAAACCAGUGUGGCACAAAAGAUGAUUGACUGGCUCAUGCAGUCCACUAAAGACUAACUAAUUAUACCCUAUUCACUCUUUCAAUAGUUGAAAAGUAAACACAAAAGAAACAAACUUAAAACUAUAUAUGCCCUGUUAAAUGCAGUGCACUGAAGCUAAACUAAAAAUACCCACUCACUUCUUACUACACUUACCUCGUAGACAAUGCAAAAGAUAUCAAUUUUUCCUAAAAUUGGAUCAUCGUGCCGCGGUAUCCAAACUGAGUGCAUACUAUGCAUGCAAUUUGUAACACUGACAAACUGCGCGCAUAUAAACAUUGCAUCAUACAAGUGUUUUCAAAUGUCAUUUUAAGACAUUAAUUCUGCAU